UGUACUGAGACUCUAGCUGGUCUGGUGCUUACUUGAUCAGCUCCUUCUAGAUCACACCCUGUGUCUUUGCCCUCUGGCUUGGACUCCCUCCAGCACUGUAAUCAUUAACGCCUUCGGGAAACCCACGGACAAAAGGGACCAGAGCCUGGACUCGUCACCAACCAGAGGCAGUGUCUGCUGAAGUCUGGAGAUGGAGAGAAGCAAGGAGCAAGAUGGCAGUGAGAAGCCCACAGGGUCAGAGCCUGACAGUGGGGCACCAGGACUGUCACUGAAGAGGGAGAUUGGUCUGUGGAGUGCAGUUUCCAUGACUGCUGGCUGUAUGAUUGGUUCUGGCAUCUUCAUGUCACCACAGGGGGUCUUGGUUUACAUGGGUAGUCCUGGAGCCAGUCUUGUUGUCUGGGCCACUUGUGGCCUCCUGGCCAUGCUGGGUGCCCUGUGCUAUGCUGAACUGGGCAGUCUGGUUCCUGAAUCUGGGGGAGACUAUGCCUACAUUUUACGAACCUUCGGCUCUUUGCCUGCCUUCCUGGUUAUCUACACAUUUGUACUGGUGGCCAGACCCGCUGCCAUCACGGCUGUCUCUCUGAGUUUUGCUGAAUAUGCGCUGGCUCCCUUUUACCCAGGCUGCUCCUCAUUCCCUCAGAUCACGGUCAAGAUUGUAGCUUCCUCUUGCAUCCUGUUGCUGCUACUGAUCAACUUCUGGAGCUCAAGGAUAUCCACGGUGGUGAUGAACGUGUGCACAGCUGCCAAGGUGUUUUCAUUGCUUAUCAUUGUAGUGGGUGGGGCUGUGGUGCUGGCCCAGGGCCACAGUCGUGCAGAAUCCUGGCCGUUUGCCUUCCACAACACAACACAGCAGGCAGGGCGCAUUGGCAUGGCUUUCUACCAGGGCCUGUGGUCCUUUGAUGGCUGGAAUAAUGUCAACAUGGUUGUAGAGGAGCUCAAGAACCCAAAGGGGAAAACUGAAAUUCACAAAAGGGGAAUUACUCUGAAUCCGUACUGCCAGCAUUCUUAUUGAUUCUGCUGGCUGCCUCCUGUCUUGUUCCCUCUAGAACACUGCAGUAGAUACAUGCUCAUAGUUUCCAAAGUCUGGGUGCCACUUGAGGACAUAGCUUACUUUGGCUUGGGAAACAAUCCAGUCAUGCCUUUUCACCCCAACCUGUGAACCUGGUCUGGAUAAUCAGUGUGCGAGCUGAUCUGAAGGGCCACCCCAGACUCUGUUGUGGCAUUUGAAUCUUCAGUUAUUAAUACACUGACUCUUUGCUAUAAAUGUAUUUUCUGAGAUGUUGUUUGUUUUCUUUUUCCCUUGUAGGAGUUUCAAAUUCUCUCAGAAUAGGAACUGCAAGUCUGCUGUCCCCGCUGGGCUGGCUUAGGGGCAUUCCAGCUUUCAGAGGCUUGGCAAAGGCUUGCCCUCACUGGAGGGCGGCUUGAGAAGAGAAUGGCAGUUUAGAGACAAAAGAGGAGAGAGAGAGAGAGAGAGAGAGAGAGAGAGAGAGAGAAUGUAUGCUCAGAGUCCUAGGAUCUCAUCCUUAUUUUUAUUUUUCUUCUCUGAGACACUCUCAUUGUAGCCCAGGUGGGCGUUGAGCUUGUGCUGUGGCUAAGAAUGUCUUUGAACUUCUGAUCCUCCUGUCCUCACCCCCUAAAUGGUGGGAUUACAGGAGUCAUCGGCAUGCCUGGUGGUUUUAAUUUUUUGCAUGUGAUUUCAUGUUCCUAAGUUUUUGUCUGUGAAAAGGGACUAUCAUAAUAACUGCCCUGACUUCCUUCUUCAUUUCUGAGAUUUCACUGGUACAUUCUUGGCACACGGCUUGGGAAGCUCUCAAGUAAAUGGGUAAAUGGGUAGCAUGUACAUAUGGUUGCCUGGCAGCCGUAGAGCCCCCUUCUCAAUCUAGACUGUGGGCUUUCAGCUAGGUCAAGAAAAGAGCAGGGCUCCGGAAGUUGGUCUCUGAAGUUGAAGACAAGCUCCCAUGGUUGUGGUGGUUAUCAGCAAAGUCUUUCAAGAAAGGGUUCAAGAGUUAAGAUUUUAAAGCCCCCUAUCCAUUAGUACCUGUCACAACUACUUUUUUCUGUUAUGGUAGCAGAAAAACUGUUAUAGGUAAAUAAAGGAACACAGUUGUGUUUCAACCAAACAUAAUUGACAAAAUCAGCCACGGGUUACAAUUGGUCCACGGCUGUUGUUUGCUGACCUCUGCUGUUUUGUUGUGGGUUUCAAAGCAAAACCUAAGCCAGUCACCAGAAUGCCAGCACCUGAAAUGCUGCCCUAACUUGUUCUAAAAAGUAUAUUUAUUUCAUCCUCUCCUCACCUCCAUCAGAGAAACUACAGAAGCGUUGUCAAACCAGGGUCAGCCAUAUAUGCAGACUCCUUGGGAUUUGAAGAAUUCAGAGCCCUCAGAGUGAAGUCAGAAAAUCUCACUGUUCUUGUAAUACAAUGGCCAGAAACGUACCAAGAACCCAACUCAGGGCUCUGCCGAUGUCACAACUCAUUGCUACUGGGAAAGUUGCCUGGGGAGAGGCCAAGUUCAAAAGCUUGCUGGGUUCCUUGCCCUGACGACGUGUGAGGUUGAGUCAUGCAUACUGGGUGCUCACUGUGCGGAGGGCAUCCCCAAAAACCCUGUGGGAGUGAGAGUGCCUUGACUCCAGGUAGCCUUGCAUGAGCCUAGGCAGAGCCGCAUUCCAGCCCCUGGGUGGUAAAACCGUAGCUGCGGUAUCCAUUCUGUGGCCAAGGCUUUGAACUCAGAGUCUCACCCGUUUGCAGCGUGGUCCUCUUGGCAGCGUGACCAACUGACCAACAAAGCAGAGCGGUCAAACGCCUCCUGGGGGGGUGAGACUGGAGUCUCACCACAGCUCUGCAGAAGCAGUAUGAACACGAACGUGGAGGCCUGAAAGAACAGAGCCGGCUGGUGGA